CUUUCAGGCUAUGUCCUAGUAAGUGAUAUUAGUUGUGCCAGGUCUUUGUAGCUUUCAGUCUUUUCAGGUGAGCGUUGUUUCGAGAGUGUCGCCAAAAGCUGGUGCUGCACGUACCCGAAGCCUGCUGAAGCGCUACAGACCAGUCUCUACUGUACUAGCCAGGGCAUCAGAAUUCAGAUCCGAGCAUCAGAAAGUGUAAGACUAAAAAAUUUGGUAGUGAGUAGCUCAGUCAUUGAACGUCUUUUAUUUACACGAUUACCGGGUGAGUAGUAGAACGUGCCUAGCGCCUACUAGCCCCUCCACGGCGAACACAGCGACACGCGAGCGCUGUCAGUAACCACGUCUGAUAUUUUCGAGACUCGCGGCGAACAAAGGAGGGGGACCUAGCUGAAUUUUCGCUACGUCAAGGUCAGCACCACACAAGACAGAUGGCGGGAAGUCGGUUAGAGAUGAGGAUUCCACCGGGCAGCAAAAUCGAUGCAAAGAUCACUCGCAGCGAACCGAUGCAGCAAGGAAUGUUUUGCGUGUAUGAAGGUGAAUGGUGCGGAGCUGAAGUGCUGAUCAAGUGCAUUCACAGCUCUGUCGCUCAGUCUCUGAUGCCCAUUGGCGCUGAAGCAAAGGAAAAGUUCCACGCCGAGUGCAUCAAACUCGGUAUGGCCAAGCACCCUAAUAUCACCCUGCAGUUAGGUGUUUGCGAGCCUCAGCCACCCUCAACAACGAGUCCCGGCCUUGUGUUCGAGCACAUGUUCUGCACAUUGCAGGAGCGCCUGUCAAUGCCAACACCGUUGGAGCGGCUCGGUGAGGUUCGCAUUGCCAAGGGCGUCAUGGCCGGCUUGGAGUAUUUGCACAGCAAGAAGUGGGUGUACUGCAACGUCUGCCCAAAGACCAUCAUGUUGACAUCAGCAUCGCCCGCAGACUGCACGGCAAAGCUGAGUGAUUUGAUGUUGGUUGUGAAGGAAACAUCGAAGGAUGUUAACGAGGACGUGCCGUUGACUAAAGCCCUCACGCAAGCGACCGACUCUGUCGCAGCGCUCGGCGUCGCCAAGCCGGCAGUCUGUGGGUUCAGAGACUUGGCGUUUCAACCGCCAGAGGUUGUAUCUCAAGUGAUUCUGGCCAGCAAUACCACACCGCCUGAGUCCAGAAGCACUGCAUCGGCGCAAGGGAGUGACUUCACUGGACGCCUGCCCGCAGAUCUGGUGAUCCGGCCCAGCCACGAUAUAUUCUCGUAUGGCGUCACAAUGCUGGGAAUGUGCAGACGCGAGGUCUUCCAUGUCCAGCCGCGCUCCGCACUUCAGGUUGUGCGCAACAUGGAGGACGCGACGAAUGAUCCGCAUCCGCUGCUGCGCUUGAUCAAAGAGUGUGUCACGGAUUGGCCGCCGGCUCGUCCAACUGCAGAGCAGGCAAGUGCAAAACUAUCCCGGAUAGUGCGGGCAGUUGCUCAGUCCGCUGCAAAUGCAACCGCAGGGCCGCAUCAUGCUGACACCAAUCAGAUCUCAGCCUUAAAGAAAGACAUAGAGAUAAGCCGUCAGAAAGCGGCGGAUGCCUGCAACAAGCUUACUGCCAAGGCGAAGGAGAACGGCCGACUCCAGCAACGGCUUCAGCAGCUGCAACUGGAGGAGCCACGCAUCCAGGCGGAACGAGCACAGCAGCGGAAAGCACACGGUGGCGUUACCGACUGCGAAACGUGCGACACACAGCGCGUCGCCCUUCAGCAAAUCAGCAUGGCGCGAGAAGACCUGAAACGAGAGCUCGCCUCCGUCUUACUGGAUCUGGAGGCGGCGAAGCAAGAGCGAGACAGGGAAUUCACUCGCGCUGAAGAAAGCAAGCAAAUCUGGGACAAAUUCACCGAAGAACAGCGGAAAGUGCGUGAAAAGGAUGAGCGCAUCCAACGCCAGCUUGACCGCAUUGAAGAGCAGGAGAAGAGAAGUGUGGAGAUGGCCAAAGCAAUCCAGACACUCUCGGCGGCUGCAUCUCGAGACCGGCAAGUUCUGUUCAAAACCCUGGAGAAGGUUGCCUGCAGAAUGCAGUUCAGCGAGCAGGAGCAGAAAUCGGCAUCAUGCUGCUUGCCCCUAGGCAUCCCACAGACUGGAGUAGUCGAUGAAAAUCCACAGUGGGCGAGACAAGUUGGCGGCAGGGACGCGCAGCUGGAGGACGACAUCGUCCACGUCAGCAGAAAGCCGUGCAUACACGACGGCCGCGUAGUCACCGCCGUGUGGAAGAGAAGCGGCAGCGAGCAGCACACGGUCUGCUUCUUGAGCUCGCCGCUCGACAACCUUCGCGACUGGACGCACGAGGUGUACAGCCAGACUUUGCCGCUGGGAGCCAGCCCGCAGUCGCACCAGUUCGACUUUGUCUCCCACGCCAGGCAGCUGUACUGCCUGGCUUCGUCUGAGGAAGCCGGGCACAUCCGGCUGCUGAGGCUGCAGGAGGCCGCGUCGUCCAGGGAGCGCGGCCGCUGGGUGGAGGUGGAGAAGAGGAACGAGUACCGCGCAGGUUAUGGCGUGGGCGUAGUCGGCGAUGAGCUUUUAAUCAUCGGCGGCACAGCGGACAACGGCGCCGGAGUGCAGGAAGCCAAGCUCAACAUCCUGGCCCUAAACCUGGCACCCGCCGGUGGUCCCGUCUCGCGGUGGCCAGCGUUGCGCAGGACUAUGAGCUGCAAGCAUCCUGAUGUAGUAGUGGAUGGCAAGCAUGUUGCCGUGUUUAACGGCGCGCGUGACGGCGGGCGGCUUCAUACCACCGUCCUGACGCUGGACCAUAGGAGGCCGGCGAGCGAGCGACACUGGACCGCGAACGCCAGCUUCUCCAGCGGCAUUCUGGCCGGAUGCGGUGUAAGUGUGAAGAACGGUUACGUGGUGUUGGCCGGCGGCAUGGAGUACAUGCCGUGGUAUGUGCGCGGCCUGGCCGACUGCCAGCACGCAGUCAAAGUCUACAGUGGCAGAGGACGACGCUGGAUCGACCUCCCCCCGCUCACGGUGUCCAGGACGGCCUGUGCCUUGCUGGCGGACGAUGAGCGAAUCGUUUGCCUCGGUGGCCGCAGUCACGUGACUCGUGAGAAUCCUGAUGGCGUCUUCGUCAAGCACAUUGAAGUCCUUGCCUGGCCUCAGCUCAACUAGUUCCGACGGUGUACAGCUCUAUCACGUCAGUAACAGCUGUGAGUAUAGUGCAGAUGGCCACGUUGGGCAAGAUAUACCUGCCACUUGUUGGACGUAGAAACUGGAGAAAUGCAACAUCCUGGCGUGGGUGUGUGUGCGUGGGGUACUGGAACGCGUUCUGUGUAUGUGUGUGUGUUUUUGUUUGUGUGUGUGUAUGUUUGUGUGUGUGUGUGUGUUUGUGUGUGUGUGUGUAUAUGUGCGUACCGUAUUCAACGACCUACCUCAUAUCUGUCGGCCCCUCGUAUGAGGGGACAUGUGACCGUUUUACGGCAAUGUUCAGGACAGGACAGGUAUAUGUGUGUGUGUGUGUGUCUGAGCAUGCAUGUGUGCGCAAACGUGUAUGCAAAGCUGCAUUAAAGACAGCGUACAGGUACCUGUAACAGGCAAUGGCUCCCCGGCAAUAGUGCAGCUAUGAGCCGCAUCGGCUAAACUAGAAACUGAACUGCCAGUUAAAUAGGCGACGAAAUGAGACCAUUGCUAACGCCACCUUUUUCAAAGGGCUGCGGUGUUCUCUGACUGGCACUGAACAACAAGACAAUUGAGUACUGCUUCAAAGGAGACAGUGUGUUCUAGUCUAGGCUGUAUCUCAUUGGCUUAGUUGUGUGUGAACUCCUUCAGCAUCUUUGAAUUCUAUAUAUCGUUUUAUGCCCCUUGAGAGGGACGUGAGUUUACCGGGUGCUAGCCUUUGGGAACGGACACGAUAAUGUACAUUUCUUUUUUUUAGAGGAACUUGAGAACCUUGAUUGAAAGUAGAUUUGGGAAAAUUUGGUAAAUUUUUGAACUCCUUUUUUCUUCCGAUUCAGAGAAUGCCGUGUUUUAAUAGAAUAUUUACGUCGUUUAGGUAUGAGCUAAAUGUUUUUUCAGUAAUGCACUUCCUAGCAUUACGAUUAUGUGUUUUCUCAAGACCAGGGCCUGGAAAAGGUAGCUUCAUCAGCUCGAGUUUUUUAUAUCUGAAUAUUUAUCAGGAUUGGCGGAAAGCCAGAAUUAAAUAAUAGAACACAUAAAAUGAGGCAAUGUUAUGUAAUAACAAUGUACGCAUACUACUGUUAUUGUCCAGGUAUAUGCCACAGUACAGUGUUGCUCAAUUAUUAUUAUUAUUAUUAUUAUUAUUAUUAUCUUUAUCUGAGGGAUGACCCAGAGGCGGGUAGCCUAU